GGGUGUAAUGAUUAGUCCAAACAGUUGCAACGUUUUGCAACAAAAACGAGAGUUUCUAUUGGACGAAUUCAGGUAGUGCCCAGUUUCGUUCGCUUCCGUUUAAUUAAACGUUUAGGAAACGUUUUGCAACAUAACGUUUGUAUAACGUUUUUAUAUUGACUGCGUAAUGAAUACGCCCCUGCUCUCUAUCUGAAGAUGGCUACAGGAAAGCGCUUAUGUUCUGCCUUCCUUCCUUUAUAAAUUCUACAAGAACGUCCUAUCUGAAUUGGUUGAUGCUUGAAUACAGUUGUCUGUCUCAAACGGUCUUGCGAAUGGAAUCGAAUAGGCUAUGAAUAAUUGCCGCAUCACCUCCCAGACCUAGAGGGAGCCAGACAACAAUGUUACUGAUCAAGUGCAAUAUUGUUACAACGGACCAAUAACAAGUGUAUUAUUGCAGACCAAUGGCAUAACUAAUUGCAACAUUUUAACACACCAGGCUUGGGCUACAUGGCUAUCUCGUGUGAAGUCAAAAGGCAAAACUGAAGACAAUUCACCCUGAAGUCUGCUAAACAACAUCAUCAGUGGAUGCUGUAAGUCAACAAGAGAGAAGAGCUCAGGUUGCGCUGACGCUAUUCAUUAGUUGUGUUAACUGGACCAUCACCAUGUAUAACCCUGCCAACGAUGCCGUGGCCGGGUACUCCAGCGGCACCAUGACAGAGAAAGACCCGAGCCAGGAGACGACCCUGGGAAGUGCCUACUCACCGGUGGACUACAUGAGCAUUACCAGCUUCCCCCGGUUACCCGAGGAUGACGUGGUUUCUGGGGAAAACACGCUCAAAUCCCGCAAAGAUGACGACAACUUCCUUAGCGAGCAAGACACAGACCCAGACCUGUUUCUGAAGUCAGCCCGUCUGCAGCGUCUCCCGUCCUCCGCCUCUGACCUGGCCAGCCAUGACAUCACACCCCUGCGGGAGACCACCAGAGACCCCUUAGCGGAGGGCUGUGCCUGCCAGAGAGAUGGCCUCACUGUCAUCAUCACAGCCUGCCUCACCUUUGCUACAGGAGUCACUAUUGCUCUCAUCAUGCAGAUCUACUUCGGAGACCCACAGAUCUUUAACCAGGGGGCGGUGGUGACUGACGUGGCCCAGUGUACAUCUCUGGGCUUCGAGGCCCUGGAGAAGCAAGGCUCCAGUGUGGAUGCUGCCAUCGCUGCUGCUCUCUGUCUGGGCAUCAUACACCCACACACCUCCGGCAUCGGCGGUGGAGGUGUGAUGCUAGUGCAUGACAUCCGUAGGAACGAGAGCAGGGUCAUAGACUUCAGUGAGACAGCGCCCUCUGCCAUCCUGGAGGACAUGUUACAGACCAACCUGGAGCUCAAGCCUGGCCUGAUGGUUGGAGUUCCGGGCAUGCUCAGUGGGAUGCACCAGGCCCACCAGCUUUACGGAAGAAUGCCUUGGAAGGAUGUAGUUACCAUGGCAGCAGAUGUGGCCAGAAAUGGUUUCAAUGUUACCCAUGACCUGGCUGAGGCCCUAGCCAAGGUCAAGGACAAGAAUGUGUCGGAGGCUUUCCGUGCCCUGUUUCUCCCCAAUGGUCAGGCUCCCCUCUCCGGCCUGUUCUCCCGACGACCCGACCUGGCCGCCAUCUUGGACACUGUGGCAGCCAAUGGGAUUGCAGAGUUCUAUAGUGGAAACCUGACCCAGGAAAUGGCAGCCGCAGUUCAAGCCAGAGGAGGAGUUCUCUCUGAGGAGGACUUUGGGAACUACACCACCGUCCUACAGCAGCCAGCCGAGAGUUUCUAUCAGGGGCACCAUGUGAUGGCAGCCCCAGCCCCCAGUGCAGGAGCAGCUCUGAUCACAGCUCUGAACAUUCUGGAAGGCUACAACAUCACCAGCCAGGUCCCGCGCAACAGCACCUACCACUGGAUUGCUGAGUCUCUGAAGAUUGCGGUGGCCCUGGCCAGUGGGCUGGGAGACCCCAUGUAUGACUCUUCCAUCUCAGACAUGGUCACACAGAUGCUCAGUAAGUCCCAGGCAGUGCUGCUCCGCCAGAUGAUUAAUGAUUCCCAGGCGUUCCCCCCGGGUCACUACACGCCCUCGUACGCCCUGGAGGAGGGCGCUGUGGCCAGUCAGGUCAUGGUUAUGGGGCCUGACGACUUCAUUGUCUCCGUCAUGAGCUCCCUGAACCGUCCGUUUGGCAGUAGGAUAGUGACACCGUCUGGGAUCCUGUUGAACAGCCAGAUCCUGGACUUCUCAUGGUCCAACAAGACCCAGACCUCUCAGCCUCCGAACCCGCAUAAUGUCAUCCAGCCUGGUAAGAGGCCCCUGUCCUUCCUGGUGCCCACGGCAGUGAGGCCUCGCCUGGGUUUGUGUGGCACCUACGUGGCCCUAGGAUCCUCCAACGGGGACCGGGCACUCAGUGGCAUCACCCAGGUGUUGAUGAACGUCCUGUCCUCUCGUAAAAACCUGAGUGACAGUUUGGCGUAUGGUAGACUCCACCCACAGCUGCAACCCGACACUCUCUUGGUGGACUCUGAGUUCCUGGAGGAGGAUGUGGAGGUGCUGCAGUUCAAAGGUCACCAGGUGCAGAGGGUAGACGUCCUCUCAUUGGUGGAGGGCACCAGGAGGACCAAUGACCUCAUCAUCGGGGUGAAGGACCCGCGUAGUGCGGACGCCUCAGCCCUCACCAUGUCCAUGAACAUGCCCUAGCCUUCCUUUACGCCAGGGUGGGUGAGUGACAGGAGGGGGUGUAGGGGUGAGGGAUACAAAAGGGAAACAGAGGGUUUUUAGGAGUAUGAAGGACAAAUGUCUAUAUAUGAGGCCAGUAUUUUGGAGGAAAAUGAUGCUCGAAAGGGCUGAUAUUCCACCAAAGGGCUGAUAUUCCCAAAGGGACUGAUAAAAACGGAAUUAUUAUGGACAGGUAUGAAGGAGGGAUACUAAGGGAUAUUAAGAAGAGGAGUAGAGGUGCAGGAAAAGAGGCGUGGAGCAGUCUUUGGGUGUUCUGGAGAAAUGUGGAAUGAGUCUCUGAAACGGGUUAUACCCUCCUAAUCACACGGGGUGUAGCAUGCUGUGUGUUUUCGCUUGUCUUUUGCCAGGCACAUUUCACUGUAAAUCCACUGGGAUAUAGCUAUGCUCACACACACUGAGAGGAUGGAAACUGAAAUGGCUCCUUCCACCACACACACACACACACACACACACACAAUCCUACAUACGCACGCAUUCAUUCCUUUGCACACAUAACACACACAGAUGGCAUGCUUACGUCUAGAUUCUCCUCAGUGGCCCAUUUAACUUAGCUGAGCAUCCCCUCCCCUGCCUGUCGUUAUACUUCCACUCAUUCAAAAUGCCGGCGAAUGCCAGUGCAUAUAAAAUCAUAUGGGUUUGACCUGCUCAGUUCCAUUAUCUUCCCUUGUGAACACUCAGGAGUUGGCUAGUCACAUAUUGACACACCUUGAUUUAUGCUUAGACCACCUGUUUACUGUGUGUGCAUUUGUAUGGGCAGUGAGUCAGUGACUGAGUCAGGGACUGAGUCAGUGACUGAGUCAGGGGCUGUCCUUAAUCGGAUUCUUGUGGCUUGAGUCUAAAGGUGUAGUAGCUUGUAGAUAUCUAACCUGUUACGAACAAUCGCUAGGUUACUAGAUGCCAUUUUGUAAAGAAUAGAGAUCAUAUUCUUAUCUCAAAAAGAGAGUGGAUACCGCACACUACUCUUCACGUGAAUGUCGUCCGUCCUCACUUCAAUAUUGAAUGUUAUUUAUUGCUAGUACUACUGGGUUUAAAUAAAUAUUAUUUAAGGUGAUCUGGGGUAAUGACUGGAAAGGGAGUAGUUUGAAAGCUUAUUGCAAACAUUUUUUAGAAAGGAUAUUUUUAGAAUGAAUGGUCAGAGUGACCAGGUUAUGAACAAUUGCUCGUACAAUGGUUUUGUUUAUUUAUAUUAGCAUAUUUUGCUUAUACUUUGUCAUUUGCACAAAUGUUUUCGCUAUCUGAUUUACUUUUUAAUAUAUUGAAUGAUUAUUGUAUUUUAGUGAAACAGUAGAUGGUAGUCUUUGUGCCCAUAUUGCUGUGUCAAUGGGCUAUUUAUUAUAGCCCGUAUGAAAAGACUCUCCCUUUGUAUUCCACAGGCCAAUUCUUCUCCAUAGCCUCAGUUGAUUAACUGACCAUUGUGCUAAUACCUCAGUAGAUGUGGCUGUUUUCAAUCUAAUUUCAAAAUGCCAGUAACCAUGAUAAAACACUAAUUGGUUACAUAAGUAAUCAUUGAUGCCAUUAUGAAGCAUUAAAUAAAAUGCAGAUUUUAUUUUCUCAUUUGUUGAGCAAUGAUUGGCUAUAGGCCAUGGGCUCUGUUUUCUGUGAUGCUAUUUGCCUUUCCUUCUCCUUUGUCUUAAAUUUUAACGUCCACUUGUUUGCACAGUAACAAGGUUGUUUGUAUACGCUACGCAUUAUGUACUUUGUAUUGAAAAGUAAGAAUUCACACUGGAAGAAACACUGUAUAGGAGGGCCCAGUUAUGGAAUAAAUAUGUUUACACAGAAAUGUGUAUAUAAGGA